AUGGAGACGCUGCCCUCGUUCCAGUCGCUGCUCGAUACGGAGACGAACGCGUCGUCCCACCACCCCGUUGGCCACUACCCCCUCUCCGACGUGGGCUCCUCGCCGUUCUUCUCCUCUUCGUCGUCGUUCUUUUCUUCGUCGUCUUCGUUCUUUUCCUCGUCGGGCGAACUGAGUGGCCUGCUCGCCUCGUCGUCUUCGUCUUCGCGCCGAGGCAGGGAGUCGCCCGUGUCGCCCUCCUCGCCGCCCUGCCAGGCGGGUCCCUCCAAGGCGCCGCUCGCCUCCUUCCUCGGCUCGUUCACCAUGUCGACCACGACCACCACCCACACGACCACCGCGCCGCCGUCCGCCUUCAAGCCUGUCGGCCACGGCCUGGCACCCGCGCCCUGCGCACUCCCGCUGGGACAGCCCCUCCUGCCCGGACCUUCGCCGGUGGCUGCCACCGCCGCGGCCUCGGCCAUGCUGCCGUUCCACGCGAGCGCCUACUCCCACGCGCUCUCGCAGUCGGUGCCCUUGACGAGCGAUGCCCGCGCCAUCAAGAAGGACUGCGGCGCUCACACCGCCACCGCCGUGCACGCCGCCGCCGGCAGCAGCGGCAAGCCCGGAGUUCGCGUGUGCACCAUGUGCGGCACCAGCAAGACCAAGCAGUGGCGGUCCGGCAGCGACGGCAAGCCUUCGCUGUGUAACGCGUGCGGGCUGCGGUACCGCAAGGACUCGCUGGGACAGAAGUUCAAGUUCAAGCAGGUCAUCAUCUUCCCCUCGGGCACCACGAGGGCCAACAGCAGCAGCAGCAGCAGCAACAACAACAAGAAGAGGAAGACACUCGCCACCAGUGACGACAAGAGCAAGGCCGACUCCGUCGACGAGAAGGAACUGACCGCCUCGUUGGCCGCCGCCAAGUCCGCCUCGAAGAAGAGGCGCCACGCGUCGCCGGCCGCCGCCGCCGCCGCCGACCAGCACGACACGCGCUCGAGGGAGGGUAGUCCCGACAGACGGUCGGACAUCUACUCUCUCCUCAACUAG